GAGCAACCCCCCCACCCCUGCUCAGAGCUGCUGCCGCCUGCGCCCAGGACUGCAUCCCGCGCAGGCCUGGCGGCCAGGCCAUGGCCCCCACCGAGCCCUGGAGCCCCAGCCCGGGGUCCGCGCCCUGGGACUACUCGGGGUUGGACGACCUGGAGGAGCUGGAGCUGUGUCCGGCAGGGGACCUGCCCUACGGCUACGUCUACAUCCCCGCGCUCUACCUGGCAGCCUUCGCCGUGGGCCUGCUGGGCAAUGCCUUGGUGGUGUGGCUGCUGGCCGGGCGGCGCGGCCCGCGGCGGCUGGUGGACACCUUCGUGCUGCACCUGGCGGCCGCGGACCUGGGCUUCGUGCUCACGCUGCCACUGUGGGCCGCGGCGGUGGCGCUCGGCGGCCGCUGGCCGUUCGGCGAGGGCCUCUGCAAGCUCAGCAGCUUCGCGCUGGCGGGCACGCGCUGUGCGGGCGCGCUGCUGCUGGCGGGCAUGAGCGUGGACCGCUACCUGGCCGUGGUGAAGCUGCUCGAGGCGCGGCCGCUGCGCACCCCGCGCUGCGCGCUGGCCUCGUGCUGCGGCGUCUGGGCCGUGGCGCUGCUGGCCGGCCUACCGUCCCUGUUCUACCGGGGGCUGCAGCCCCUGCCCGGGGGCCAGGGCAGCCAGUGCGGGGAGGAGCCCUCCCACGCCUUCCAGGGCCUCAGCCUGCUGCUGCUGCUGCUCACCUUCGUGCUGCCCCUGGUCGUCACCCUCUUCUGCUACUGCCGCAUCUCGCGCCGCCUGCGCCGGCCGCCGCACGUGGGGCGCGCCCGCAGGAACUCGCUGCGCAUCAUCUUCGCCAUCGAGAGCACGUUCGUGGGCUCCUGGCUGCCCUUCAGCGCCCUGCGGACCGUCUUCCACCUGGCGCGUCUGGGGGCGCUGCCGCUGCCGUGCCCCCUGCUGCUGGCGCUGCGCUGGGGCCUCACCAUCACCACCUGCCUGGCCUUCGUCAACAGCUGCGCCAACCCGCUCAUCUACCUCCUGCUGGACCGCUCCUUCCGAGCCCGGGCGCGGGACGAGGCCUGCGGGCGCACCGGCCUCCUGGCGCGAAGGAUCAGCUCGGCCUCCUCGCUCUCCAGGGACGACAGUUCCGUGUUCUGGGGCCGGGCCCACGCCGCGAACACUGCUUCGGCCUCCUGGUAGCUGCCCCGGGCAGCUGGAGGUGGGCGGCAGUGGAGCAAUGAGAGGCGGGAAGAGGCCCCGGGAGGGGGCCUGAGCUCCCCAGACGCGCCUGUCCUGGCGGCAGCAAGCCGCUCCAGCCGGCCUCGCAUUGCCUCGAGAGCUGCCUGGAGUCCCACGGUUUCCUCCAUCAGCUUCCCCGGAACCUCAGAGCGAUUGAACUUCCCUAAACCAGGCUGCUGAGACUAGCCUGCAGGGUUCCUGAGCUCAUUUUGUCCCGUCCAAGACAGGUGUUAUGAGAUGGAGCAGGCAGCGACUCAGAGACCCGCAGAUUCACCAAGUAGACAGAAGGGAAAUGAGUUUCGUUCUCUGCCCCAUCGGGAAGAGCACCGACCGGAAUAUCUAACCCAGACUCCUUUGUUUCUGGUUGUGCUUUCUCCCUCCCACAAUAAACUUUGCUUUCAGAGAAAUAACUUCUCCAAGUCAGACCCUCUGUCUCUCUAAACCCUGGAGAAUCUGGUGACACUUCUCCCCCUGUGCAGCCGCAGGACUCACCCUGGAAGCUGUUCUGGUCCUUCACUCUGGACAGAAGAUCCUGAAGUCUCUCACAGGCGUUCAGAUUCUCCAUCAUUCAGCCGGGGACCCCAAAAUCUUCCCUGUGAAUUCACCUUUCUCAAUAAACACUCUUGCUAGCCCUG